AUGACAAACUUUUGGUGUGCUGCGUUCUGCCUCCCACAAGCGUGUGUUGAUGAGAUAGAAAAUAUGUGCUCUGACUUCUUGUGGAGUGGAAAUCCUAAUAUUACUUCUGAGGACAAGGUUGCUUGGGAGGAGUACCUUCUUCGUGGUGAGACCUUUUGGGAUGCAAGGGAUACAGGACAAGGCUCGUUGCUAUGGAGGAAGUUGUUGAGACUUAAAGCCUUAGAAAAGCAACUUAUCAGGAUGGAUAUCAGAGACGGCUGUAUGGGGUUCCGCAACUGUCGUGACAUUCACAUUCAAGAAGUAGUCGAGGAUGUUGUUCGUUUUCCUCUUUCUCUCGUUGCAACAGAAGAUGAUGGUGUUUCUUGGAAGCGGGGUGCUGGUGACUAUAGUGAUCAUUUUGUAGCAGCGGAAACUUGGCAUCAACUCCGAGAACGCAAGACUGAAGUCUUUUGGCAUAAGUUAGUCUGGCUCCCUCAGGGGGUACCUCGCUAUGCUUUCAUCACGGGGCUGGCUGUGCGAGACAGGCUUGCAACAGGUCACCGUACGCACCAAUGGGGGAAACGCAGUUCUGUCUUUACUGUGGAGAACCGGAUGAGACGCGAGACCACAUUUUCUUUGCAUGUCCCUUUACAUUCACACUCUGGUUAA